CAAAUAUCGUCCUCGCUUUUCGUGAUAAAUAAAUUAUUGAAAAAGUGCAGAAAAAAGGCAUUUCCAUUUUUUACAAGUCUACAACGCCUCUACUUCUUCACUCACCUUAUCAUCGAUCGCUUCUCCUUCCUCCGCCGCCAAAACCACCUCGUAUGUUGCGUGCGAUUCACGAUUCUACUUCCUAGCUUUUCCUCCACUGCUCCUGCUGCUAAUUUUACUCUCUACUGUUUCGUUUAAUUUCUCUUUUCUCGUCAAGGAUCUAGUUGCUUUGUGACGGAUUGUUCCAUGUAUUGUUGUUUUCUUUCUUUCGGUGAUGAUUCAGGCUUUGAUUCGAGAAAGCCAGAGUUCUACGAUUUCAUGUAUGCCGUUAGGUGUGAGAACGUCUUCAAUUGAAAGAAAGGUUCUACCACUUUUUCGGUGGUAAUUACGCAGGGAUAUCAUCUGUUUGUGCUUUUUCCCUCUCUUUUUUUUUUGGAUUUGGGGAUUUUUGAACUUGUCUCUGUUUAUUUCUAUUAAUACUCGGUUUUGUUUGAUGAUUUUGUGAAUUUUUUUGCUUUUCAUAUUUGGAUUCAGUAAGUAAUUAAUUGAUGUGGUGAAAAUUUUGUUGCAGAGUAGCGAGUAAGGUCGAAUGGGUCAAUUAUGCGAUUUCUGCGGGGAGCAAAGAUCCAUAAUCCAUUGCAGGUCUGAUGCUGCUUGCUUGUGCUUAUCCUGUGACCGGAGUAUCCAUUCUGCAAAUGCUCUUUCGAAGCGCCACUUGAGGACUCUGUUAUGUGAAAGAUGCCACUCCCAGCCCGCGAUCACGAGGUGCAUCCAGGAGAGCACCUCGCUUUGUCAGGACUGCAAUUGGUCUGGUCAUGCUUCUGCACCGCCUUCAGAUGUUGAGCAUAAGAGGCAGAUGAUCAAUUUGUAUUCUGGCUGCCCUUCUGCAGCUGAUUUCUCCAGGAUCUGGUCCUUCUUCUCUGUUGAUAAGUCGAUUACCAAUCCUCAACCAGAUCCGAUGAAUCUCGAAACUCCCUCUCGAUCACAUGCGGAUUUCUGUACAGAAGAUACUGGUAUGGAGAUUACAGCUCCCGAGGCUGGGCAAUUUGAUGGAAAGGGGCCAGUAGAUUCUAUGAACCCCAAGGCUUGUUCGCCGAAGAAAGAUCCGGGACCCACUCAAGAAACUCCCUGCCAGAACUUUUAUAUCUCCGACACAGAGUUGAGUUUAGAUGACUAUGAAGCACUUUUUGACGAAUCUCGUGAUGAAACACAACAAUUUUUGGACAAUGGUGGAGCUGAUAGUUUUUUUGGGAUGCGUGAUAUGUAUGACAAUGAAUGCAAUGUUAAGGGUGUGACGACAAAGGCCUCAAGUUCGAAGGUUGAGACAUUGAAGCACAAUUGUACCACUAGCAAUCAAUUAUCAGCUGAGUCCAUGACAAGCUGUAAAUCUGAUUCAAACGAUUGUGUCCCAAGACCAGCACAAUCUACCCACUCAAUCUCCUUCUCAGGCCAGACAACCGAGUGCAACACCAGAGAUCUCCCAGAGAGUGGAGGAUUUUCAUCUGUAAUAAUGGAGGAACAUCAGUAUGAUAUUCAGUUUUCAUCAGCUGUCAGGGACGAUGCAGUGUUACGGUAUAAAGAGAAAAGGAAGUCUCGCAAGUUUGAUAAGAAAAUAAGGUAUGCUUCACGCAAGGAAAGAGCUGAUGUCAGGAAGCGUGUGAAGGGCCGUUUUGUAAAAGCUGGAGAUCCAUAUGAUUAUGAUCCCCUGGACGUGAUAAAAAACCAAUGAAUGACUCAUUCCGGAUGAUGCAUUUGAAGGCCUGAAAUAUAACUAUGAAAGAUGUAUUUGAAGGCCUGAAAUAUGCAGAGAGGAGGAGACUGAAGUGGUGUAUAUGCUAUUUCCAGGGGGAGCUGCCUCAUAACGAACAGGUUCAUGCCGCAUGUAUUCUUAGAGAUAGAGCUAGGCACCUAGUACUUUAUUUUUGUCAUAAAAGAGGCAGCCUCCUUGGUGGUACUCAGGUUCCCCACUUCUACAGAUUUUGAAGUAUGUAGCUUGUUUUAUUACUGACACUGUAAUCUGAUACCAAACCCCUUCAUUGUAUGUAAAUUAUAGUCAUCAGGUAUGUACUUUGCCUA